UGAGAGCUCUGUGGCCACAGCACAGACAGACUUUCCUCUGACAUUAUUUAUUUCGUUUUCUUCUUCACGUUACAUCGUUGCUAGUGUUAAAUCAUUUUUGCAUAACUUUUAGAUUUAAACAUAAAACAUUUAGUACUUUCGAGUGCAUUCGAGUGCCUGGGAUAUACCUUUGACUGGAUUACCUCACAUCCCCCUGAAGUGGCAGACAUGAAUACGGCUGUGAUCCUUAGGGUGCUGGGUCUGUCUCUGCUGAUGCACGGCUGUCUGAGCAGUGUGGGGCACAAUGACACAGGCUGCGUGUUGUGGGACCAACACGGAGAUAUUGUUUGCUGUAAGAAAUGUCAUCCUGGAAACCGCCUGGUCACAAAGUGUGGUCCAGACCCACAGAACUAUGUACUCCUUGUGAACGUGGGACAUUUACAAAUGAAGCUAUAAACAUGAAGUGUGACAGGUGCAGACAUUGUGUGGAAGCUCUUGUUCUUGUGAAAGAAUGCACAAAUUCAGCCAACACCGUGUGCGGCUGCAGAGAAGGACUCACCUGUGGUAAUGACGAGUGUUCCUUCUGUGUGGAUAAGUGUGGCAAAGGUCAGGAACCUACAGAUAAACGUUCUUGCAGGCGUUGUCCAGAGGGGACCUUCAAUAACCAAACUCAUCAGAAGUGUAAACCCUGGAGUACCACGUGUCCCAAUCCAGGUCAAGUUAUUGUGGCCAGUGGUGAUGCAUUUUCUGACAUCAAGUGUUCCGAUAUCCCUGAAGGCACAACUGGUUCUGAGGAUUCUGUCAUCACAGUCAGCAAUGCAAAGAAACCAGGUAACACAGAGAGGGAAUUGCCCUUCUUGUUGCCUUUGGUCUUUGGCAUAAUGCUGAUUUGCUUUAUUGUCACUCUGGCCUGGAAAAUUCAUAAAAGGAGGCCAAGCAAAGAAGAGACGUCGCCUAAAGAGAUGGAAGAGCCUGAAGAGAGCAGUGAAAAAAUGAUAAUUGUACCCCCUUCAGAUGAACCCAGAACUUUAGUUGCAAUCGAGUGCAGCUUCCAUGAAGCCCAGCAGGAGCAGGGCAGCAGCUUAGAGUCGCUCACUUCCAAAGACUCCUCAGAGCGGCUCCUACCGUGAACAAACAGGGGCUAGACUACCCGACAACACUGGAAAAAACCCUCAAAACCCAGAUUUUGUGAAUUGACUGGAAACGGGAUAUCCUGAAUAUCCUGAGCCCAUGUUUGGAGGAUGUCUUCUGUUUGUCACUCCGUUUCUAAAUGAAAGAAAUGGAGCAAUGUGUUUACAAAGCUUACAUCUAUCCAGCCUGUUUCUUUUGUUUCUUUUGUUUUUUUAAAGAGUAAACAAAACUACUUUGAUAUUAUAUAUAUAUCAGUUAAAGAGAACAUUACGCCAUAAUCAAAACAAAGAUCUUUUGAUUAUUCAGUCCAGGGGAGAAGGGGAUUUCUGCAAGGGAAAAAACACAAAGAGGCCUUUUUAUUCAUCAUAUAAACGAUUGGCUCGCUGACAAUGAGGCUGUUUAUUACCUUUUAGAGAAACAGUAGGCCUAAAGACUGCCAGGGAAAGUUGAAAAAGAAAAACACACACGCAGCCUUUGGAAACUACAAGGGAAUACCCUGUGUACAAUAUUAUAGCAUUUGAAUGAGUUUGAAUAUUCCCAUAUUUGCAUGUUGGAGUAUUGUUACUGACUGUAACUGUACUGUACUGACUGUAACUCUUUUUGAGUGUACAGUGCAGGUGGGUGUUCAGUCAGGUGUAUACAUCUAACAAGAAUUUCCGUCCCACCUAAUACUGAGCCUACACACAUCUCCAAGCCAGAUGUUGUCUGACUCGGCCUCCAAUAACAGUUACCUCUUUCUUUCUGCUAAUUUUCUAUGUUUUAUAUCUCUUGAGUUAAUGCAGCAAAAAAAAAAAAUGUUACAUGUUAUUCCUGUGGUGAAAUAUGAUUUGCAAUGGGAGUGUUACUUUUUUAUUUUGUUUUAAUCUGUCCAUAUUGUAUUUCUUUGUGUGAUACAUCUUGUACAAGGUAAAAGAUAUAUGCACUUUUUGUAAACAAAGCUGUAUCCUCUGUCUACCCCUUAUUACAAGGAAGUCCAAAAGGACUUUCCUUCUAGUGCUGUAAUGGUGGUAAAAAGUCCAGAGGGAGUUCCCUCUUUGUUAGUAGGUAAAUAUUACGUACCAGGGAGUCUACAGAAGAGUUAUCUGUUUAUCUUUAGUGCCUCUGCUUAUUGUCGCUCCCUAUUUUUAGCUUCAGCAGCAUCAACAAGCAAGCUGACAUGUAUCUUGUGAAAGAGUUGGGAAACUCUGUGAGCGUCCCACGUGCAGGUUUAAAUGUCACGUCAUUAGUCAUCGGUUGAAAAUGUAUACUUGGGAGUCCUUUUAAAUGCGUCAUGUCGGGAAACCUCAGCAGCGAUAGGAGAGCAGUUAUAGAGAAACAGCAGAUUUCAAAGUGAGGCUGAAGGGUCAUGUGGACCACCCUGCCCCCACCACCGCCC